AAAUCGCAUCCGUACCCCUAAGGCACUUUAUAAAGCAAAGCCCCUAACCCAUUUGCAUCUUUAAUCCUAGACCACUUUAUCUACCAUUUCUACCAUGUACUCUCAGCAAUUCACCCCAUCCUUUGCCCACACCAGCGAGCCCUAUGGUGCUGGCGUCGACUUUGCCACCCAGACCCCCGGCUACGAUAUCUCUACCCCGGCUCCCUUUAGAAAGUCACUCUUCUUUACGGCCCCAAGCUCUGAGAUCGAGGCGCCACCGUCAGUCACCUCCGGCUCCGAGUUUUCCGAGGAGGACGAGGACGACAAGAACCUCUACACCUCGGACGUCUUUGACGAGUUACCAGAAUUGUGGGGCUUUACUGCCAGUAGAAAAUCCAGUUUCGGCUCUACCGGUGUCUCCUCCGCCCAGAACUUUGGCAGCUUUUUGGCCAAGCCAGACGAUAGAGUGGCGUACAUCGGCGGCUACAACACCUAUGGCACCGUUUCUCCACAGUUGACCAUGGAAAAUCUCUCCAGAGUCGAGUACCCGGCACCAUUCCAGACGCCAGUGCCAGUGGUUCCAGCGGUCUCCUACCCAAAGUGUCAACAUGUGGCGGCUCCCUCCGCUAGAGCUCAAUCCUCCAAGUCUUCCGUCUCUUCCGCCAGUUCCGUGCAGCCGGUCAACACCGAGUUGUACAAGACCGAGUUGUGCGCCUCCUACAUGAAGAGCAACGGCAAGCUGUGUCCAUACGGAGGCAAGUGCCAAUUUGCUCACGGCGAACAGGAACUUGUGAUGGUCAAGAGAUCCACCAACUACAGAUCCAAGACCUGCGCCAACUGGACAAAGAACGGUGGCUUCUGCCCGUACGGCAACAGAUGUUGCUUUAAGCACGGGUUUUAAGGGAAAGCUGACACCCCAACCUUUGCUCUUUUUCCAUGACCCUUAUUUAUUAUACGAUCACCAAUGGCUUUUCCUUCUCUAUGGAGUCCUUCGCAGGCCUCUCGGUUUUAUCUUUUGGUUCCUCGACCUGACUUCACUUCACGAUUCACGUUUGUAGUUCACAAACCCACCUUUAAUACUAUUCCAUUCUUAUUCAAGUUGUAGCUGUGACCUUGAGCCUUGUGCGAGACAGUACUUUCAGAUUUUUGUACAAACACGCUUUAGUAGCAGGAGCGCCCCAGAGGUUUUUUUAAUCACAAUAUCUUUACAUCUAAAGGGACCCGGAACUUGUUCUUGAACCAUGUUAAACCGCAAUGAUUUGGCU